UUUUGUAUUGCUUCAGCUAAAAGGUUGUGAAAAUCGUGUUGUGAAGAUUUCUUAAAAGAAUUAAUUUGGAUCAAAUUUUAUUACAUUCCUUAAAAUCAAUCUCAAAAUUGACAUCUAGGCAUCUAGAAUUCCCUUUGCUCUGCUUGUGAGUUUCCCAUAUACAGCUGCCUCUUUAUUGCUGAUUCUAGGCUGGGCAUGGAAGGAAACCUGCAGCAGUGUGUAUAUUAACAGGGAGAAGGUAGUCUAUAAAAGUGGCAUGCAAGGUUGUGCAAAGGCAUGUUAACUGCUGUUUCAGAGUCUCAGUAGGCAAAAAAUGUAGCUCUUAAAAACAGUGAAAUAAAAACUGUUUAUUUCUCAGAGAUCUGGAAGUCCCAGUGGUACCUCCUCACUCCGGUUGGAGUUUCUUUGGAAAUAAAGUAGUUUUGUGGAACUGAGAGCUUAGAUGAAAUCCCCCUUUUCUAAGGCAUCUCCCAAGUAUCUUGUUUUCAGUGAGCUUGACUAUGCUUAGGUUUUUUUCAUGAAUAUUUAUUCAUGUUUUUACUUCAAGUCUAAAGCCUCAGGUUUUAAUGGGUGAUGAAAAGCAGACAGCAUACCAGUAAAGUCAGGCAGUGGCAUGAAAAUGCUGCUGUUUCUUGAUCUGCUGAAAAGUGCUUAACACUUAAAGAAGAAUUUGCAUGGGUCAUGAUAGCCAGACAAAGAUUAUAAACAGAGAGUGGUAGCUAGGAGUACAUGGUUUUCCAUGGACUAUAUUGUUUCUGGGUACAGGGAGUACUGCAAGUUCUUUGAUACAAACUCAUGCACAACUUCAUUUUUGAGGGGAGAAUUAAGAAGGCUUGACUGAAAAAUUCUCAGUCUUGCCUUUCAUUAGAAGUAUAUAAAAUGGUAUUAAGAGCAUCUGUUAUUUAUGUUUUUAUUUUUGAUUACCCAUUGCCUGCUUUCUUUGGUUUAUGACUAAUGAUUAUUGCUACCUAGUUCCAAAUGUAGAGCUGCCAUCCCUCUGUGCAGAGAGGUUUCGCUCUGGACCACCUGGUGAAGAGGCUCAAGCAGCGAGCCAGUUCAUUGCAGAUGUGAUUGAAAAUUCACAGAUGAUAGUGAAAGAAGAUCUGUGUAUUGCCAGUGGCAAGCUUGCUUGGGUGUUAUACUGUGAUAUCAUAUGUCUGGACUAUGAUGGAAACCUUCUGGAUGCCAGUGUCUUUGCUUUGUUGGCAGCAUUAAAAAAUGUGCAAUUGCCAUUGGUUACGAUAAAUGAAGAAACUGGUUUAUCAGAAGUUAAUUUAAAACAGAAGAAUCCUUUGAUUAUCAGAAAGCAUCCGGUUGCCACAUCAUUUGCUGUAUUUGAUGACACGUUACUCAUUGUUGAUCCAACUGCUGAAGAAGAAGAUUUAGCAACUGGAACAGUAACCAUUGUAACUGAUGAAGAAGGCAGACUGUGUUCUGUCCAUAAACCAGGUGGAAGUCCUCUUACAGGAGCCAAGCUUCAGGACUGUAUCACCAGAGCAAUUACAAGACACAAAGAAGUAAAGAAGCUGAUAGACAAAGUAAUAAAAAGUAUAACACCCAAGUGAACAAAAAGAGAGCUCUUUUCAAAAAUGGAUUUGUAAAAAUUGUAUUUGUUACAGUGUUCACAAACCUUUUAUACUAAAUAAACAAAUAUCAAUACUACA